CACGACGUUAGAAUGCAGCCAGUGUUCUCGCCUUUCCAAUCCCCGACAGAAUGGCAAGGGGGCCAUCCAACGACAGCCUGUCUUCGCCAUACCGUGUUACCGUGUCUCAUGGACAGCUAGAUGCAGCUCUGCUUGCAAGUCCUGCUCCCGAUACGUCGUCAGCAGAAUUGAGGCGAAGAUUGAGGGAAGCACAAUGGGCUCUCAGGGAAAAGGACGAAGCACUUGAAAAAAAGGAUAAUGAUUUAGUCAUUGCAGCUGAACUGGGGUCGUCGCUAUUGGAAGACAAUGAGCGUCUCAAAGCUGAAUGUGCAAAAUUACUGGCAGAAUACCGAUCGACAUCCGCAGUGGCUGUCGCCAUAGCCGCCCAUCCGCCAACAGCUUUUUCGCCAACCUCUCUCCACAAACCGUCCACACCAGGUAGUGCGUCCUCUACACCCAUCUCUGCGUCUCCUGGCACCAAUCUGCUUGAAGAGGCCAAGCGUCGAACAAUAGCCAUUGAGGCUGCGGCCUCUGCUCGUAUUGGUGAUCUUGAAGCUACCAUUUUGGACCUGCAAUCUCACGUGGAUCGACUGAGGGCUGACAUUCGCGCCUCUCAGGACGCCGAACGCGCACAAGAGCGUCGUUCGCAACGUCUAGAGAGUGAGAACGAGGUAAUAUCACGAGACUUGGACGCCGCUGUGUCCAAGUGUCAAGAGUUGGAAGAGGAACGCAAGAAAAUAGCAAAAGAAAAGGCGGAGCUCUUACGUCGGGUAAAGGACGUAGGGGAAAGGGAUAAGGAGUUGGAGGAACUAGCAGAGUUGAGAGAUCGGUCCAAGGCAUUAGAAGAGGUGGUGGUGCAACUUACUCAUUCACGGGCAGAAAUGGAGGCGGAGCUAGCCGAGGCUCUGCAAGACCGACGGCAUGUGGACCAAAGAUGUGAGGAACUGGAAGCAGUCGCUGAGGACUACCGGAUGGAGAGCGAGCGACAGGCUGCUAGAAUGGAUGAGCUGGUUUGGGAAUUAGAGUCAUCAAGGGACUUGAUCGCUAAAUUACAUUCACGUCUCGCCGUCCUGGAGCCCGCCAGGGAUGGGCCGGAGGACGCAGGCGACCGAACUCUUUUUAGCGAGGUUGAAGAUAGGCGACGAGAAUUGGAAAAUAGGCACCAGAAUCUAACGCAAAAACACGCAGGGCUGCUUAAAGCACAUUCCGUAACAAUACAUCAACAGGAACGAAUGCGAAAUCACAUUUCAAGGUUGACUCAGCUUACAAGUGCUCGACAGGGAGAACUCCGAAUCCGUUUACUGGAAGAAGCUCUGGGGCAAGCAGAGAGCGAAAAGAGGGAGAUGCAAGCAAAACUCGCCCUAUUAGAGAAGGGGAGAGGGAUAGAAACUGAUUUAAUCGGUGUGGAGGGGAGCAACGGACCAGAUAUGGGAACAGUCUCCCCAAGUCAAUAUGAAGUCCAGCUCGAGUGCCUUCGUCUGCGAGUUUCUCAAUUGACUGAAGAGAACGACGAUUUGAAACGAGAAGCCCGAACGGGUCGUAUGCUAAAGUCUUUUGAGACCGAGAAAUUGAGAAGCGUGGAAGCGGUCUUGAGAGAACGUGAAGAAGAGCUUUUAAGACUGAAAUCAAUUAAUGCUCAGAUCAAGUUUGAUUUGGAUGAAAUGAAGUCGAGGUUCAAGAGAGCUCGGGGCCUGGAUGCCGAGGGGUCAGACAAGGCGGCUACCGACGGCAAAGCAGUUGGGGCUAAUACAUCACCGACCAGCAAGUCGACCGGUGUCCAGACACAAUGUCUCGUGGAGAAGAGUUUACAUGAUAAGGAAAGCCCUCCAAGAGAGGAUCCCCGAAAAUCACGAGACGUUGUAUCUGAGCCAUUGAAUGCUACUCACGGAAACAAUACCUCUAGUUCCAACCAGGAAAACUCUGGUCCUUUGCCAACGGGCCAGAGUCUGCACGAUAAGCCGUGUUCAAGCGCAUCUUCUGAGGUUGACCCAGACGCAUCCAUUUGUUCCAACGCAUCAACGAUAUCCAAGGCCAGUCAGCGUAGCUACCUAGCUACUGGUCGUGGAAAGUUACCACUACAAGAAACACAACCCGUGGGAAAAAUCAUAACCAGCAACAAUCUGAAUGAGAUCCCGCCAUCCGCUUCACCGGGUGAUUUGAGUAGCAAAAGCACAGGAAUUCUUAGUAAACGCGAUGGGCCAGGAGGUCAAAAGGCAGGACCAACACAGGUGUACGUGGGACGCGAAAAUGUUCGAUCCGAUGUAAAUCAAUGUAACCAGCAAUAAUAGAAAGUCUAGAUUCGCCAUUACAGAACACUA